UCCGCCCAUCAGAGUAUUGGCAGUGUGCGGCGCACGGUGCGCAGCGUGGACUUGGAGAUGUCUUGGCAGCAUUACGCACGACGACACGAUAAACGUAAAAGCCUCCUUUAGAAGGACAGGACACUCUGAAGCUAAACCGGACCGACUUUGAUCUUCUGAUUUGGAAAGCACUUCAUCCACAUGCUCCUCAAGAUAUAUUUCUUAUCUUUUCCUGUCGGCGGAUGAGACUCAGACGUCCCCUCCGCAGCAGAAGCAGCAACAGCAACGGAUCUGGAUGACUUCUCCUUCUCUUAUCCUCAGGUCACGGUGACUAUAGAGGAAUGGGCAACAUAUAAACAGCUUGGGAAGAAAACGAACUCUACAGAGCAACAGUUUUUUUUUUUUAGAGAUCCCAAAAAGAGAGGAUGAUCCCACCGGCCAACAUGAUUCAGGACGAAAGUGGGGGCAAAGAGGACGAACGGGACCAGAAUGAGACACCCAAAUCCCCGACGGCGAACGCCAGCCAGCAGGAAACCAAGAAUACUGUGAGGCCUGAACAUCACAAGCGCAAGCUGCAGAGACUCAAGCGCUCUUUGUCCUUCAAGACCAAGAGCAUCCGCAGCAAGAGCGCGGACAACUUCUUCCGAACCAGCAACGACACCAAGAUGGAGCUGCUCUCUGACGUGAGCAGCAGCACGGGCCAUCUCUGCAACAUCGGGAUGGCCCCGCCGCACACCACCAACCUCCCCAUCCCUCCGGUCCCUCCGGCCAUCCCCAGCGCUCCUCCUCCCACAUCGCGCUCCCAGUCACGCAACCCGCUGCAGGUAGACUCAGCAGGACACUGCUUCAUGGAGCACAUCUUCAAGAAGCCCACGUUCUGCGAUGUCUGCAACCACAUGAUCGUAGGUACAACGGCCAAACAUGUGGUAUUCCUGGCGGGAAACACGGCGAAGCACGGCCUCCGCUGCAAAGCCUGCAAGAUGAGCCUCCACCACAAAUGUGAGAAUGGAGUGGGACAGCAGCGCUGCAUGGGAAAGCUGCCAAAAGGCUUUCGGCGGUACUACAGCUCUCCAUUACUGAUCCAGGAACAGUACGGCUGCAUCAAAGAAGUCAUGCCCAUUGCCUGUGGCAAUAAGGUGGAUCCUGUAUAUGAGGCCUUGAGGUUUGGGACGUCGCUGGCACAGAAAGCUAAGAGGGCCAGCGGCUCUGAGUCUCCACACAGAAACUCGACCAGUGACUUGGAUAAAGUUCCAGAAGAAGUGGUGGCUCACAGCAGUAGGCAGGAGCUGUCGAGAAAACACAGCGAUGAUGUUUUCACAGUGGUUGAGAACGGGACGGAGCAUUACAACCAACCAGAGGGGACACCUGACGAUUUGACGUUGGAGCAGAACCAGCUACAGAAAGACGUCCUCAAGCUCAACACCUACGUGGCCUUGCACAACUUCUCCCCCCAAGACAGUCAUGACCUGGAGAUGAGAGCCGGCGACAGAAUCUUAUUGGCUGACGACUCUAAUGAUGACUGGUGGAAGGGAGUAAUUGAGGACAGGAUCGGUUUCUUCCCAGCAGCGUUUGCUCAUCUGCUCCGGGCUGGAGACCAAGUGUUCAGGUGUAACAGGACGUUCAUCGGCUGUAAGGAACAAGGCCAGAUCACGCUGAAGGAGGGACAGAUUUGUGUGAGCAGCGAGGGUGAACGCAGCGGCUUCAUCAGAGUAGCGAGUGGAAAGAAGAGAGGCUUUGUACCCUGCGACGUUCUGGAAAUCAUCUGAGACAGACACUCAGAGAAAUGAAGAGAGAGAGAUGGAGAGAGGGGAGAGGAAGGAUCAGCCGCCUGGAGGUCAGAGGAGGACGAAACUAAGGCGUUCGCCUAGUCAGAAAAUUGGAGUUUGGACCUUAAAGUGAUGCUGGUUUUGUCAAUGAGGACUCCACGUUGUUGUAGUCUCUGUACCUUCCUCACUCCCUGUCAACUCAGAGAGAUGUUGUGACGACAGACUGUUUGUUGUUCGCAGGGAGACAGCAGAUCUCUGUUUCACUGGAUUUAAUUUAUAGAGCCGAUGUGUGUGUGUUUCCCCCCUUAGUUUUAUUCUGCUAUGAGCUGUUUAUUUUUCGAAAGUGGAACUGCCGACUGGCUGUUUAAGCCAAAGAAAAUCAAAUAAACACUUAGUACAAUGAUUAUUUUUCAAGGUUUCAGUACAUAUAAUGUCAUUCCUUCUUCAAAUAGUUUUGUUUCUCAUGCUUUUUAUGUUCCAAGAAGCAAAAGGUGAGCUUUUAUGGAUGAUAAAAUCCUUGAUGUCAGAAGUUGAUGAAGUUGAGAAAAAAAACAUCAUAUACAAUAAAAUAAGAACAUUCACUCACUUUGAAGCCUCAAAAUCUAUCAAACACUUCCUGUAUAACCUCUAGCGUAUGACAGAACUACAAAACAUGUGAAAGAGAAAAAGACGUGGUAUCUUCAGAGACGUUUGACACAAUCAAAGACUUCAGAAAAUUCCCAGUGGUCUUUCAGAAAUAUUAUCCUUGCACUCCUCAGCUUUUUAGUGUCUCACUCAUUCAAUCCAGGCGAUGAUAGAUGACAAUAAAAAUGUACAUUUUUAUCAUCACUAGAAUAAAAAAAAUAUUAAAUUCCAUGUUUCACCGGACACAAAGCUAGUUAUUUAUCAAAACUUUACAUCAUCUCUAUGUUGCAGAAUCUGUUAGAUCUAUCUUUUAAGGCUUAAAGUUUGUUCUUUAAUUUUCUUUUUGGUUGUUUUCACGACUUCAUUAUAAAAUCAGAGGUGAAUGAGAAGGUACCGCUACGAUAUAAUCAGGACAUUCAUGAUUUGAUGAUCAUGUGAAUUCAUGACCUCGUCUGUAAGACAACGAAACAUGUAAGAAAAUGAUACGUUUCUGGUUAGCGUGUUAACUUGAAAUGUAAUCACUCUUGUGUAGUUUACCUCUGUUCUCAGCACAGACGAUCCUGGACAGCACUUCUCGUUCAGAUUAUAGUCGAGUGCGUUUAUGGAAAGGUGUUACAUCAUAGUAGAUAUAGUAUAUCUCUUAAAGGUUGUUCUGCACUGAAACUUGGCUUUACUGAAUAUCCAAGAACUCUAUAUUGUACAUACUGUACAUACAAGAUUAAAAUCUUCUUUAUCACAACAAA